UUCAACAGUUUGGGGUCAUUGAAGAACUUCCGGUUUGAGAUACAUAUUCCCUGUAAAAUAGCAUUAUUUUGGAUUACUAUUUAACCUAUUGGUGUACAGGAGAAAGUGGCACAGCUAAUUCGCUGGUUACAGACGGGGGAACUGGGUGAUAGACCUGUAGUGAUAUUCAUAGAAAACCGAGUUGCUCCUGUCUGUGAUGGCUGCACAACUGCUCAUGGGACAGAGGAGGAUUGUGGCUUAUCUCCCAUGUGUACCGGCAGCUGUUAGCCAUUUCCGAAAGUUCUCAUCUCAUAAUAAACCCUACCACACGGAGCACUAUAUCGUGGAGGCUACAAACACACAAACAGUUUGGCCAGACACAAACCUCGGACCCUUUGGUCCACAAGACCGGCGCUUCCCUCUCCCGGGCCUCGUGGGAACAAACUCAUCUCUGCAGCAGCCUUUCAAACACCAGCCUCAUACUGACCCCGACCGAGUGUUACCUCCCCUUCCUGUGGAGAGGCACUGCCAAGUCACAGAGCAGUUCAUUCUAUCAUCAGAACAGGUCGAGGCUGACACUGGCUACUUGAACGAGCCUCCCAUCCCAACAGCGUACGACAUGUUGGAGUGUAUGGCCCAGGAGUGUCCCCACAUACUGAGGAGAGAUUUCACCGACCUGUUUCCUGGCCAUGACAUCAUGGAGGGGGCCUUCACCGUCAUCACCAUCUCACAGCGCACACAGCACGACAUGACGGGGUGGUCCACGCAGGUCGACAUCGAGAGGGAAACACUACUAGCUACUUUUAUCCAGGGUGCCACGGAAAUCUGUGAUGCUCUACAACAAGCAGGGUACUGGGCUGACUUCAUAGAUCCAUCCUGUGGCAAACCAUAUCGAGGCCCACAUACCAACUCGUCGCUGUUCGAAACAGACGAGCGUUACAGGAAGUUGGGGUUCGAGAUUGAGGAUCUGGGAUGUUGCAAGGUGAUACAACAUCACCUGUGGGGCACGCACGCCUACGUGGGCUGUCUGUUCACCAACGCCCCCCUCGACCACCCUAUCAUCCUAGAGAUGCAGAAGCAAGACAAGUCAUAGGGACGAAUGUUACAAAUGUAGAUACUUCAGGAAUAUUUUUGAAAAGUUUGUAAAUCGUUUGCAGGAAAAGUGCUGUGAGGAUUUAGUUGGGAUGAUGUGAUGCGUGUGCUUUAUUCACAAAGAACAAUGGACCGGUAUUCUUUGUGCUAUGGAUGUUCUGAAGACCUGUAUUUGUGAGUCAGUUUCCAACCAAAAUAGGACUAUUUUUGUGUGUACAAAAUCACUUUUCAGUUUGGUAAAACAGCACUGUUUCAAGCUGAAGCCAUCAGUGGCAAGUAAUCACGCCACUGUAACGGUUUAGGGAUUAUUUCUGAUCAGUGGGGUGUAGCAUUAUUUCAACACUGUUCACACUCACAAAAUUAUUGAGUAAUAAUAUUUGACCCUUGCAUAAACAGAGGUCCUUCUCUGUAUAUUAAAACCUUGUGGGGUUACAUAGUAUUACUUCAUGUCAUGCCUAGACUGUCAAUACUGUAUUCAGAGAUUAUUAUGUGAACAUGUGUGUCAUACUGAUUUAUCACCUUUUCCUUUUGGCAAAAUGAGAAUUUAUUUAAGAAUUGACGUCAAUAUUCUUUUACCAACUGGAUAUUAGAUCAACAGCUGUGCCAAUCUGUUGAAGUGAAACUGAUUGUGAAUGGAUGUGUGAAAAGUGUUGCUAGUUCUUUUCCUCAUUAUUUGAAUCUAGUGUUGCCAGUUGUGUGUUAGAUCUUGGUUAUUUUUGUCAUAAAAUCUAAGAUUUUGUUUCAUCAGAUUAUUGAUGAGCCAUGUUGAUUCAGGUUUCAGUGAGUUCAUAGGGUGUUGGUCAGCGAAAUGAGUGCCGUGAAUUGCUGUAUCCAGAAGGAAAUAUAUGUACAUAGGAUUGUUUUUCAAUUUGGUGCAUCUUCUCCUGUAGUAGUGUAUGUGCUGAAUGAACAAUGAAGGCCGACGUUGGUUGUAUGUUUAGCUGGAUUCUGUUUGGUAUGAGAGUUGAUGUUGUACAAUCUCAGUAUUUAUUGUAAGGCAGACCAUUUCUUUUAAUUUGGUUUACGAAUCCGUCUUCUCCAAAAAAUUGAAAUGCAAUGAUUCUUAUUAUUCCUCUGACCAGAAAUAAGUAAAAUGUUAAAAAUAUAUGUUACUGUCGCUAUCAAUAUAAAUAAAUUAUAUACUACUAUAAUUAGCACUUAUUGAAAAUUUAUCUUAAUAACUCCUGUCCCCACUUUUUCAUCUACCUACAUAAAAUUUUAAGGGAAAAAAAUAAAUAAUGACCGACCUGAAUUUUUAGACCAAAAAUCCAUAAGCUAGAAUGGUCUGGCCGAAUGCUACCUCAAAGGAAGUUGUAUCUGUCAUGUUGGGUGACCCAACUUCAACUGUUACUGGUAAUGAAACAGGGAGGGUUUUUCAAGAAAAAUAUAUAACUUCUUCCAGAAUACGUAUAAU